AUGGCCGAAGUGAUCAAUAACAUGCCUCUUGAAUCCCUCGACCAAUCUCCCUCCUCUUCAGCUCCUCCUCCACCUCCUCCUCUGCCACCCACCUCCUCCUCCGCCACCCGCCUCUUCCUCCGCCCCCGCCGCCUCUCCCUCCUCCGUCGCGCUGCCGGGACCGCAGGGACGACCGCGACUUUGACCGCCACCCUAACCGCAAUCGGGAUUACUACGACCGCGACAGGGACUUCAAGCGUUGUCGCAGCCCUAGUCCCUACUACCACGGCCGACGAUACUCUCCUCCACCACCUUCACGCCGGUCGCCUCCGCUGUACAAGCGAUCCCAGAGAGGAAGCCCCCGCGGCGGGGCCUAUGGACCCGAUGAUAGGUGUGAUUCGAGCUUUUGUCCUGGUUGAAGAGAAAGAAGAACUUGAAAUUACAGAUAGAGUAUUCUUGGAUGUUGAUAUUGAUGGACAGCGUUUAGGUAGGAUUCUCAUUGAAUUAUAUGGCAAAGUUCUACCAAAAACUGUGGAGAAUUUUAGAGCUUUGUGCACAGGGGAGAAAGGAAAGAAUGCCAGUGGUAUAAAACUUCAUUACAAAGGAAUACCAUUUCAUAGGAUAAUAUCAGGUUUCAUGAUUCAGGGCGGUGACAUUGUUCAUCAUGAUGGUAGAGGAUAUGAAUCAAUUUAUGGUGGCACCUUUCCUGAUGAGAAUUUCAAGAUAAACCAUUCUCAUGCUGGUGUAGUCUCUAUGGUGAAUUCAGGUCUUGAUUCCAAUGGCUCACAGUUUUUUAUUACAACAGUGAAGACCAGUUGGUAAGUUAUUCUGCCAUGCACUAUUUAGAUCUAAAUGGAAGGGUUAAGUUACUGCAA